AUGGCUUCCGCCGCAAUUGGGCUUCUCGCAUUUCGGGCUUUCAAACGAUCAAGAUCUCCAAUCAUUGAAACCAAGUUUUGCUGUCCUUGUGGCAAGGUGAAAGGAACCAUUCGAGCCAAGUAUGAAGAUUCCUCACGUAUCCACUGUUGCUGCACCGACUGUCGAGCAUAUACUAAGGCGGUUGCAGCAUUGGGAGGUAAGGUGAAGCCAUUGAUCCACGACUACGGAGAGGCUCACCUGUGCCAAGUCUGCAAGAGCGACGUCACUAUUGAUGAAGGGCUGGAGCAUAUCAAGUUGGCUCGUAAGGGUCCCAGCCAAGGCAUGCAUCGGUACUAUACCGGCUGUUGCAGUGUUCCGUUGAUGAAUACUUUUGAUUUUCUUGGGUUCGUGGCCCUUUACGAAGAUCACCUUGACGAGCAUCACAAACAGUUUCAUGGACCAUCUGUAUUUUGCGAACAUGAAGCAGAAAAGCCAUUUGAUUUACCCAUACCUAAAGCCAGCACCCCGCGAUUCUUGUGGAAUGUAUUGAGAUACAUGCCAUGGAGGCACUCUGGUCCAUUUGACUACACAUUGGAACCAUUAUAUUGGGGAGACAACAAGAAGAAGAAUUGA